GAGUCUAUGUGUUUAAGGUCUAGCUUUGUUCACUUGCGUUCUUCAGCAGAAUUUGUAAACAAAAAAAAAUUCUAAAUUUGAAUGAAGGAAAGAAAUGAGUUUUGAAUUAGUUUCUACGUAGAUUUUAGAAAAACCAAUUUUUUUAACAAUGGAGACAAAAGGAAAAGCAUCAUCAUCUGAUUGUUUUUGGAAUAAAAUUGAAAGUGAAUAUGGAGAAAUUCCAAAUUUAGUAAAAUUAAUUCUCGACAUCAACGGUUUCAACUCCUUUCUUGCACUUAAAGGCAUUCGUUGCGAUGACAAACAAGAAUUCUUUCAAUCUCUUGAAUUGACAGUCAUAGAAUUCUUAGGAUCGGAGGGUGAAAGUAUUUUAAAAGCAGAAUUCGAGGCCGAAAUUGCUGCACAAUAUCAAAGCAGUGUAAAUUUUAGAUUGAAACCAGGACAUCGAAAUUACAUCCUCAAUCUUAUGUUACAAAUAGAAAAAAUUGACGCAAAUGAUUUCUUUGGAAAACAAAUUAGUGAAAUGUCACCAAUAAAAACAGUUUACAAGUCAAAGAAUGAAUACAUUCAAGUUCCACCACUUCAUUUUGCAAAGAAAGAAAAUAAAUCAGAAUCGUACAUGCAAUUAAAUUCGUUAGAUCACGGUUACUCACGUGAUGAAGAGGAACAAGAAGAUUACGAGUUUGAUGAGGAAUAUCUCACUGACGAAAUGGACAUGGGUUCAUAUGAAACAUUUAAAGUAGAAUAUGAUGCAAAUGAGAAUCAAGAAACUAAACGAAGAUCUUCAAGAUCAACAGCAUCAAAUUCAAAACGAAGACCUGAAUAUAUGUACAAUGACGAGUUCAUGGCAAAACAAAUCAAUCCUCGUCGAAGAAGGGUGACUUUAAAUAAAAAUUAUCCACCAACUGAUGAAGGAAUAAAAGAAAGAUUUGGCGACCUUAUCAAGCAGAGCAUGGAAUGCAUUCUACCUAGUGAAAAAUUAAAACAAGUAGCAAAUGUUCAAUUGAAUAUUGAGAAAGAGUCUGACGCAUCAUGGGCAGUUUAUUGUCCACUUUGCCAUACUAGAAUUCGACUUCCAGUCGUCAAGGAAAAUGGUGGUCGAUAUUGUAAUUACAAACGUUCAAACUUCGAACGACAUCUUCGUUUUAAACAUCCUAAUAAAAAAGAUGCAUACGAAACAGUGGAAUUGGAAGUAGAAACGAUUGAUGAAAGUAAUAUGGUUUUCCCUGAUUAGUAUUUUUAAAUAUUUUAACUAAAAAUUGUAACUUUUCCGAGAUCGAGUCUAAUAAAAAUAUUUUUAAUGCUCACCGUC